AAGUUUUUAGUCAAGCUAAUCUUCCGUGUUUUGCAGUCAUCUAACUCGCUGAAGGCAUCCUAUGAAGACUGGCUGCUGACGUACGGCUUGAGCAUCUCUCCUUUUCACAUGCGAUGGCAAACAGCUCUCUUCAACCGCCAGUUCUACAACUGGGGGAGAUGGAAACCCAGAUUUCUGUAUUUAUGGUUCAGCAUAGGAAUGGUGUUUGGUAUAGUUGCCAUGUUUGGCUCUGUUAUUCUUCUCGGAAAGACACUGAUGCAAACACUGACGCAGAUGCUCACGGAGGCACCGAAAGCCCAGAAUGACCGUAUGCUGCAAGUUGUAGUGCCUGGUGUAAAUUUGCCUGUCAGCCAGCUGACCUACUUCUUCUCUGCCAUCCUCAUCAGCGGUGUGGUACAUGAAGUCGGCCAUGGCGUGGCAGCUAUUCGAGAACAAGUACGAUUUAAUGGAUUUGGGAUUUUUAUCUUCAUUGUCUAUCCUGGAGCAUUUGUCGACCUCUUCACAACCCACUUGCAACUGAUAUCUCCAGUCCAGCAAUUGAGGAUAUUUUGUGCAGGAGUGUGGCAUAAUUUUGUUCUUGGUGUUGCAAGUUUCAUGGUUUUGUUUCUGCUGCCAGCCAUUCUUUUCCCCUUCUAUUACACGGGUGUUGGGGCACUUGUCACUGAGGUUGCAGAGGAUUCUCCUGCCAAUGGACCAAGAGGUCUUUUUGUGGGAGACCUUGUCACUAACCUACAAGACUGCCCAGUUUAUAGUGUGGAAGACUGGAAUUCCUGUCUGGGAGACAUUUCAGAGAAGUCACAGGUUGGCUACUGUGUAAGUGCAGCCACCCUACAGCAAUUAAGCUUUCCAGCUAGAGUCUAUAGAAGACUUGAUGGCACAGUUGAAUGUUGUAGUAACAACAGCCUCACGGACAUUUGCUUUUCAUAUAGCAAUGACUUGGACAGCCACCUGUAUGCCUGUCUGCCAGCACGAAAAGUUAUUGAGGCCAGCAAAGUUUGUCGAACCAACAUGGACUGCCAGAAGGACCUUCUUCCAGGCUUUUGUGUGACUCCUUCUUUAGAGAACCAAACAAGGCUCAUCAGGGUAAAACAUCCACCCCACAUUGACAUGCUGUAUGUAGGACACCCCAUGCAUCUUCAGUACACAGUAAGCCUCAGCAGUUUUGUACCACGACAAAACUUUCUAAGCAUCGAUCUGCCUGUGGUGAUAGAGACAUUUUGCAAGUACCUGAUUUCACUGUCAGGAGCACUGGCAGUUAUCAAUGCUGUACCCUGCUUCGCUUUGGAUGGUCAGUGGAUAUUAAAUUCAUUCCUGGAAGCCACUCUGAGCUCCCUGAUUGUAGAAAAACAAAACAGAGAGCUUGUUGGCUUUUUAAUUUUGCUUGCUGGUAGUGCACUGUUGGCUGCCAAUGUUGCAUUGGGACUUUGGAUGGUGACAGCACGAUAG